AUGCCGCUCAUAGAGGUGUUAACUCGUUUCAGGUACAGAAAGCUCUUUCCGGAGAACACGAUUACCGCCUUUCAACAGGCAGUGAUUGCAGGUUCUACAGUUAUCGAAACUGACGUCCAUGUGUCUAAGGAUGGAGUGGUUGUGAUUUGCCACGAUUUGCAAACCGGCCGCACCUUCGAUAAGGACUACAAUAUCAAGGAAGUUGAGUACUUUCCAACUCUACAGGCUUUAAAAUGCAAAAGUGACCCGGAUGAGCAUAUGCCCACUCUCAAGGAGACGCUUGAGUGGUUGAAUACGACUCCCACCCUCAUCAAGUUGAUGUUGGAUAUCAAGGGAGACAAUGAUGCGCAGUCAAUUGGAAAAAUUAUUAUCUCCGAAUGUAAGGCUGUCAAUCCGGAUAUUUCGUUCUGGCAAGAUAGAAUAAUAUUUGGGCUAUGGGACUCCAGUUUUUACCACAAGGACGUUCUGGAUGGCUUUGAGGUGAUCAAUAUCACCUUUAGUCCAGCCAGAGCAUCCAAGUUCUUGAAGGAUGUUGACGAAAAAGGAGGUAGCAUCCAGGCCCUGUCCAUGAUGUACCUCGUGUGUUACCAACCGUUUUUGAAAAGCCAGAUGCUUGCUCUGGUAAAGAAAUACAACCUCAAGUUGUACUUCUGGACUGUCAACAGCCCUUUGGACAUGUCUGCUUUGACAGACACCUUGGACCCCAGUAUCUGUGAGGGUUUCGUCAGUGAUGACCCGAAGGCAGUCUCUCAGUUUCUGAGUGGAGAGCAUAAACCUCCAGUCACUCUUGUGAGACUUUUGCGGAACUUUGCUCUUUCGAGUGUCCUCUGGGGAGUUAUCACUUUGAUUGGCUGGGGUUAUAACGCAAGACCUAUACUUGUCAAAUUGCAGCGUCGUGGGUGGAUUUGA